AUGACCAAAUCAGAAGGAAAACCACCGCUUCGAACUCAACGAGAAACAUGUUGGAAAUUACGAGAUGAAUAUUUUUCAUGUCUUGAAUCAGUUUCGAUAUUUGAUCCUACGAAAGUAGAUACUGAUGAAUCAAUAAAAAAGUUAGUAAAGAAAAGUAAUUGUUGGAAGAAAAAAGGUUCUUACGAAGAUGCUUGUAUGACAAGUUGGGUGGAUUAUUUUAAUAAACGACGUGCAUUGGAGAUCAGGCAACGCCAAAUCUCAAAUGAAGCAAUAAAACGAUCUGAAGAAGAAUCCGAAA